GUGUCUCCCCCGCGCACCGGUAGCCGUGGUGCAGCCCAAGGCGGAAGCGGCUCCGGGACGGAACUGACUUGCUAGAGCAGCUAUGGCUGCGGGUGUCCCCUGUGCGCUUGUCACUAGCUGCUCUUCCACCUUCACCGGAGACCGGCUGGUCCAACAUAUCCUUGGAGCAGAAGAUCUUCUCGUGGAAGUGACUGCCGAUGAUGCCGUGAGGUUUUACCCCUGGACCAUUGAUAACAAAUACUAUUCGGCAGACAUCAAUCUGUGCGUGGUGCCAAACAAAUGUCUCGUCACUGCCGAGGUGGCGGAGUCCGUCCAAGCGUUGGUGGUUUACUUUGACAGCACGCAAAAAUCUGGUCUUGAUAGUGUUUCCUCCUGGCUUCCACUGGCAGAAGCAUGGCUACCUGAGGUCAUGAUCUUGGUCUGUGACAGAGUGUGUGAAAAUGGUGUAAACCGACAAAAAGCUCAAGAAUGGUGUAUCAAACAUGGCUUUGAAUUGGUAGAGCUUAGUCCGGAAGAGCUGCCGGAGGAGGAUGAUGACUUCCCAGAAUCUACAGGAGUAAAGCGAAUCAUUCAAGCCUUGAAUGCAAACGUCUGGUCCAAUGUAGUGAUGAAGAAUGAUAGGAACCAAGGCUUUAGCCUUCUCAGCUCAUUGGCUGGAGCAAACCAUAGCAUUGGGUCAGCAGAGAUGCGUCACUCAGAGCAGCCCCGUUUGCCAGCAGCAGCUAGGACUGAAUCUCUCUUGGAUCAUCGGGGUGGUGCAUCUAACACAACAGAUGCCCAGGCAGAUAGCAUCGUGGAUCCCAUGUUAGAUCUGGAUAUUCAAGAAUUAGCCAGUCUUACUACUGGUGGAGGAGAUUUGGAGAAUUUUGAAAGACUGUUUUCCAAGUUAAAGGAAAUGAAAGACAAGGCUGCGACGCUUCCUCACGAGCAAAGAAAGUUGCAUGCAGAAAAGGUGGCCAAGGCCUUCUGGAUGGCAAUUGGGGGAGACAGAGAUGAAAUUGAAGGCCUUUCAUCGGAUGAAGAACACUAAAUUAUUUGUGCUAGGGUUUGACUGCCUGAGAUCCUUCCCUGCUCCACCCAGUUCUCUUCUGCCGAACUUCCCAUCAUCGUGAUGGCCACCUGACUUAGUUCUAGGGUCCCCUUAAUUUUAGUUCUUACUAGGGGAUAGUAGGGGUUUCCUCUCUCAGUAUAUCUUAAGGGAGUGAGGAGUAUCAUGACAGCAAGGAGGGAGUUUUUUUCAAAUACACUUUUUCUAGGAACGGGAGCGAAACGAGGCUCAGGGGCCUGUGUGAUUUGCCCCGGUUGAAGAAGGAGGCCACCACGCCAUUCCCAGUCCACCUUUUAUGUGGUGUCCUCUGUGGCCACACUCGAUUACUACAGGUCAGGAGCUGGUGCCACUUUUCCUCAAGCUUCUGGAUUUUCUGCUUUCGGGGAGCUUCCUGCUGCAAGCUUUGUUGCUUUGGAUGAGAGGCGAGGAAGCUGCCACAGACUUGAUUUGUGCCAUAGUGUAGGUGGAGCCAGAGUCUGUGGCCCUCAGGUUAGUCUCUAGCUGAAAAAUGCUUCUGGGCACUUCAUUGGAAAUACAGUGUCUCAGCUCAUGCUAGAAACAAUGGAAAAAACCAGGGUGAAUUCUUAGAUUAUACCAGAUGAGGCAAAACAAACUCAUCUACCAAGUUGUUGUGGGGGGGAGGCGGGCGGGGUGGGGGGUGGUGAGACUGAGAAAGAAAGUUAAGGAAUUCCCUAUCUGGGCCAUUGAAACAGUAUGUGAAUGCAUACGGAGGCCUUCACAUUAGUGUAACCAUGAAGAAACUCUUCUUCCUUAGAGCGCUUGAGAUGUCAGAGCUGUGCCGUCACACUUUAUACCCUCAAAACGAGGUGGUUCCCCCUCUUCUUCUCUGCGAGCCAAACAGGUCGCUGCCCAAAGGGUAACAGUGAGGAUGGGCAAGACGGGAAGGGAUGUGAAAGGUCAGGCCACGAAUACCCGAGUACCUUGUGUUACUUCCUGGGCUGAGGGGGUCAACCCUAGGGGAGGUGCUCACCAAAGGGAACCUCUCCAAGGAAGAGUGGGAAGUACAGCAAAUAUUCCUAUUUCUGUUUUUGUAGACACUUUGUAAAUGCAUGCCACUAACCUUCACCGUGGCGGUGACUGCCACGGUUCUAGACUGGCACAUGGCUGGCUGCUGCCGACACAGAGGCCGAGAGCUGCUUCUGGCCUAGUGUGGACUGUGAACUCCUUAGGUCACCAGCAGAAACAAGUUUCAGACCCCUCUGCGCACCGCCUUGUAAGCACUGCAGGAGGAAUGGCGGAAGGAGUGAAAUGCUCCAGGUUCUGGGCCAGGGCAGCCACAGAGGGGAAGGUUUCAGUGACAGGAGCGGUCAAGGAAGAGCCAUCACGGGCAACACUGGCAGUUUUCUUGCUUGGUGACUUUUUUUUUUUUUUUUUAACUAUUCUGAAGGUCUCUGAGACUCUAAUUGAUCACGAUUCCAUCAAUGUUUCUUUGAUGUGACUGCAUUAGCUACUAAGAAUGUAAGGGAAGUUGGCUCUGGGGUUGCAAAAUGAAAGGCAGAAUGGUUUUCUUAAAACAUGAAGGGUUCCAGAAAAUACAUCAGGUCAUGUGGUUAGGGAAGACAGACUAGAAAAAGCCGUGAAUGUGAUUUUGUGGAUUAAACAAAGCCAGGUGAUUAAAAUAUCAUUUAUUUAUAAAGUC